GACGUCAGAGGGCAGCGGCGGCGGAGCGGCGGUCAGAGGAGCGGAGCGAGCUGCGGAGAUUACACGGGAGUUUCAGCGCUGCGUCGCCGGGGCGCAGGAAGACGAGAGGCCCGCUGACAGCCGCCCGGACACCCGCCGAAAGGAGCAGACCGAGGCCGGGGACGGAGGGACUGUUUCUACCGACUGUUUAUCGAUCCAAACAGCAGGCAGAGGAGAGGAGCCGUCGCAUCGCUCCUGUCGGAGAAAUCCAGUCCUGAGCAGGAAAAAGACCGUUCAGAGACACCGGCGUUCAGCGAGCACGAGAGGAAGACGAGCCGAGGAGAGGCUCUGAAAGCAGCUGACGAGAAUCGGAGCCAAACUGAGGAAUUACGACAGCAUUCAGGCUGAACUCUACCAGGAGGAUUUUUCUGUUUCCUCCUUUUUUUUUUUCUUUUUUUUUUUUUUUUUUAACACGCCUUUAUUUUUAAGGAGAGUCAUUUACUGGAACUGAUAUUAAUCUUUGCGUAUGACAGUCGGAAUCACAGUAAUGUUUGACCUCGAUCUCUGCCUGGCACAUGAAAGACUAGGUAGAUUUUCUUCUCUGUGAAACUUUUGACCACUAAGUUUUAAAAAACUCCGCCAGGCGAAGGGGAAUUUUUUUUUUCACUCUGAACUUGCGUAAUUGCUUUCAUUUUCAGUAUUGCCUCUCUGUUAUCUCCCUCUGAUAGCUUUCUGUUGCACAUAAAAGGAAGAAAAGGACUGACUCAAGGUACUGUAACAGGAACUUCAAUAGCAUUUGCAUUCCAGUUUGGCUUCACAAGGGGACAGAUCCUCCCUUGUGUGUGCGACAGUGUGUUUGUGUAGCUGAGUGUCCCUCUGCGGUACAUUAACUUGUGUGAGGGGACAAUUAUUGGCCCUGUGUGUGUAUCUUCUGGGAAAAUGGGAUCAGAAAAGGACUCGGAGUCACCUCACUCCUCGGUGAGUGGCGUUCCCAACCCUAAGUGCCGUGCGGCGGGCAAACGCCAGGGCCGCAUCUCCUUCCACAGCCUGUUCCACAGCAAGCGGGGCUCCCGGAGCACCAGAGGCCCCAAGGCUGGAGCGGCCACCCCUUUAUCUCAUCUCCACCACACACAGCAACAGCUGCUCCCAUCUGCCUUGAGCUCAGCGCCCGCCGCUGCAGCUGCUACGCCCACAACGACCACCACCACAGCCGCCACGACCCCCCAGGACGCUGCCUCCAGCACCCCGUCAAAGCCACUGUCCUCCAGCCAGCCGUCCCUGGGUGGAGCCCCCUCCUCCGCGGAGGGCAACCUCCUGGAGUGCCCCCUGUGCCUGGUGCGCCAGCCCCCCGAGCAGCUCCCUGAGCUGCUGGGGUGCAGCCACCGCUCCUGCCUCUGCUGCCUGCGGCAGUACCUCCGCAUCGAAAUCACAGAGAGUCGAGUCCAGCUGAGCUGCCCCGAGUGUGCCGAGAGACUGGCCCCGCAACAGGUGGCGGACAUCUUGGAUGACGCGGCCCUGCUGGAGAAGUAUGAGGAGUUCUUGCUGCGGAGGUGCCUCGCCUCCGACCCAGACUGCCGAUGGUGCCCAGCGCCUGACUGCGGAUUUGCCGUCAUCGCCUCGGGCUGCGCCAGCUGUCCCAGGCUGGUGUGUCGCAGGGAAGGCUGCGGCGCCGAGUUCUGCUACCACUGCAAGCAGGCCUGGCAUCCCAACCAGACCUGCGACUCGGCCCGCCAACAGAGGGCGCAGUCGCUGCACACCCACAGCAACCACUCACCCAGCUACACACAGGAGCAGGGACCAGCUGAUGACAUCAAGCCGUGUCCUCGCUGUGGUGCGUACAUCAUCAAGAUGAACGAUGGGAGCUGCAACCACAUGACGUGCGCCGUGUGCGGCUGUGAGUUCUGCUGGCUCUGCAUGAAGGAGAUCUCCGACCUGCACUACCUCAGUCCAUCUGGCUGUACCUUCUGGGGGAAGAAGCCUUGGAGCAGGAAGAAGAAGAUCCUGUGGCAGCUGGGCACCCUGAUCGGAGCGCCGGUCGGCAUCACCCUCAUCGCAGGCAUCGCCGUCCCCGCCAUGGUCAUCGGCAUCCCUGUUUACGUCGGCCGCAAGAUCCACGCCCACUACGAGCUGAAGAAGUCGUCUCGCCACAGAAGGAACCUGGCCAUCACAGGAGGCGUGGCCCUGUCCAUAAUCACCGCCCCGGUCAUCGCAGCCGUCAGCGUGGGUAUCGGUGUGCCCAUCAUGUUGGCCUACGUGUACGGCGUGGUGCCCAUCUCUCUGUGUCGAGGUGGCGGCUGUGGCGUCAGCAGAGGGAAGGGCCGAGGUGUGCGGAUCGACUUUGAUGAGGACGACGGUCCAAUCACAGUGGCAGACGCGUGGCGAGCCCUCAAGUCGCCGAGCCUCGGUGAGAGCAGUCUGGACGGAGCGGUCAGCGGUCUGAGCACCACCUCCCCCAGCGAGGGGCUCUCUGUGGCCCCCGGGACUCUGGGUGACACGCCACACUUCAACACCCUGGCAGGCGGCGCCCUGGGGACCCGCAACGCCAAGUACAGCAGGCUGGAGGUGCAGGCAGGCGAGCUGGCUAAAGAGUCGGCCCAGAGGGAGACAGGCAGCCUGGGAGCAGGGAGCGACUGCGCCAGCACCCGUGGAAUGGCCGGAUCCAUCAUCUCCUCUUACACACUGCCCGACAGGGAGUGCACCAACCUGGAGAUCCAGGUGGACAUCGAGACCAAACCCAGCCAUCUCUGCCUGACCAGCGAAGAGGACCUAACCCCGCCACCGGGCUCUGCUGCCAUGGCGACCGUCUCAGGAGGGGAGGAGCCUCAGGACUGCAGCUCCAGAAGGGGCGGGGCUUUGUCUGGCUCUGCGUUGGGACUGUCACCGGGGGCGUCGAUCAGGGAGGGGCUCCGAGACGUCACGCUGGCUCAACCGGAGAGCAUCCGCAGCGACCUGGAGAUGUCGGACACUCAAUCAGACGACAUCGCAGAGCUGACGUCCGACGACUGUGACUCCCCACACCCGAAAAGCUGUCACCUGGCGGCCGGCCAGCAGCCCCAGCCCCCCUCCUGCCGAGCCCUGAACCCCCCCGAAGGCCUUCACUGUCCCGCAGACAGCAACGUCAUCCUCUACGUCUGAGAGAAGCUCUGCUCUCAGGAUUGCACAAGAAAAAACAAAAAACUAACCAAUCCCACAACAGUUCCAUCUGAGCUCUCUUUUACUUCAUGGCUUUUUAAUUUUUAAUUUCAUCAUUUCUCGUUUUGCUGCUUCUGCGACCCACAGACACCGUCUUAAACACAGACAGCGUUUGUUUACUUUGGUCUGUCUGUCUUAUCUAUCUACCUGUCAAUCUCCUCGCUGAGUAAAUUGUCAGGGUUCUACCUCUGAGAUUUAUAAGAUAAUGAUUUAUGUUUACUCCUUGGUGCAAAAUGCCUUGGCUACUUAAGCAAAAAAAACAAAAAAGAAAAGAAAAGAAAAAAAAAGACGUACAAAUUUUCCACAAAGAAAUAUUGCAAAAUUGAAAUUAUGAAAUACGGUGAAACGUCACCAAGCACAGCAGAGGGAGGAGGAUUGUUUUCUGAGUACGGGGCAUGUUUAUAACAAUGUGUGAGUGAAUGUGGACUUUGUACUCAACUGUUGUGGCUUUAGUUUUUUUCUCCUUUCCCUCUAUUUAUAUUCAGAUGACCCUGAACUUUUUUAUGAUUUGCUGUGUGCAUGAGUCUGCAUGAGCCAUGCCUUGUGUGAACGGUUUUAAAAGGGCAGUGAGUUUCUGUUACACUGGUGAAAGUUUACUUUAGAGGAUGAAGCUGCACUUGAAUCUCACUUUCCCUGCACAGAGGAGGAGGAGGAGGAUUUGGGAUUUUUUUUUAAAAAGUGUUUUGAAUCGCAGAACUAAGUGAUUGAGUUCUGACAAUGACGUGGCCAGAAAACUCUGAGAGAAGCUGUUUUAUUUGAUUCAAGUCAGUGACCGUGUUCGACCUUCUUCACACUAACUUCGGACAUUUUGAACAGUUAGAACAAGUUGACCUACUGUUUUGCACUUAAACAUACAAACAGUCUGUAGUUAUUUCACAGAUAAUCCACCGAGAGAUUUAUAUUAAAAAAAAAUUACAGAAUAUUUAGCUAAAUAGGUAAUUAAAUCUUCAGUUAUACAGGUAGGCAGCACACUAAAACACACACACACACACACACACACACACACGUGCAUGAAUGUGGAAACCGACACAAUCCUCCGGUGCUCAAACUGUCAACACACUAACUUGUAUUUUUUUUUAAAACAUUACAUCUGGAGUUACACAGUUUAAAGCAGACGCACAACUUCUGACUUAGACUUAGAACAAAAUGUGUAAUGCAGUGAUAAUGAAAUAUUGGCAACAGAUAGAAUAAAAUGCAACGUGAAUAAGAUCAUUUUGUAACCUUUAAUUUAACGAUUUCGAAAUGGGAGUUGAUAAAAGAGCAAAACAAAUACACUUCAAACCUAAAAACAUUACAUUUCACACAAAAGAAACAAGCAAUCUUUCUUCAUCUUCUGAUGAGAGGAUGAAGAAUACGUCAUAAUUAUUGUUUUCCAUAGAAGUAAAAAAAGUCACAUUAGCAGUGUUUGAACGGAUUCGAUCUGGAGCUACAACGUACAAUUAUUUUCAUGAUUCAACAUUCUGUCAAUUAUUUUAUUAAUUCGUACUGUCGCCAUAUUUGAGACCUCUGUGAGCUGUUUCAUCAACAAGCUGUUUCACACUUACCUUUAAAGGUGAAAUGUGAUAGAAUAGGAAAUAUCCAAACAAAUCGAUUUAAAAAAAAAAAAAAAAAAGUAGAUUGACAUUACUUGAGAGAUACUUGAGAUUACUGUCAUGGAGGCCAGUCAGGCAAAAUCCAAUAUCAAACUCAAUAGGACUCACUCACUUUAGAUACCAACCACCUAAAUACACCUGAUUUCUUUAAUCAAGAUCUGAGAAUUGUUUCCUGAGAAAUAAAUAACUGUCUCAUUUUUCUCAUUAUCUCACAAAGUUAAAGAGAGUGUGUAAACAAAUCAUGAGUCCAUCCUGUAAUCCAGAUCUGCACUAAAGUUUAUUUAGUUCAGUAGUUUUUGUGGAAUCCUGCUGACAGACAAACAAACAAACAGACACAAAGGAAUACGAAUCAGAUUUAUUUAGAUGUAUUGUUCUUUCCUUCACCAGUAGUACAAACAUGACGUCACUAUCAUGAUCAGCUAAUUGAAUCAGCAUCAGAGAAGCUGGAACUGGAGAAGGUUUGGAAUCAUUCUGACGUAUCAACAAAGGAUUUCAACAGAUUUCUGGACGCUUGACUUCCUCCUUCGACCUGCUGCUCUCUGGUCACUGUCAGAACUCUCUCACUGGCUGGUUGUGAUGUGUGUGUGUUGUGUGACUGGACACACACACACACACACACACAGAUGACCGGCGUUGUUUUCAACAAGUUAACUGGCUGUCUGACCCACUUGAACAUUGUGUGUGUGCCUGCGCGUGUGUGUGUGUGUGUGUGUGAUUGAGUGAAUGGAGUUCUGAUGAAUGUAUUUGUUCAUCCCACUUUGUUUUUGAAUGAGCACUCGUGCACUUUAUCUGAAUUUUAUCCUAUUUAUCUUUUUCUUUUUUUUUUUUUUUUGCGACCCGUCGUCUGUUGCUAUGAAUGAGUUUUACUUCAUUUGCAAACAAAAGUCUGUGGUACAACCAAAAUAAAAUCACCUACCAGAAGGCCUUUUAUGUUGGAUGUAACUGAAGAGGGUUUGGUUCCAAAACGUCAUCGUCAUUUUUAUCAUUCAGUCAAUUUUAAGGGCAUCCACUGUGUUUCAUCAGUGUUCUGAUCCGAGGACCGUAAUCAUCUUAUUUUGUUCACGCUUUCUUAAUCGACUUCAUUUCUCUUUUGGAGCCAAACACUUCAAGUAUUGAUGCCGAUAAGCUUUUCUUAAUCAUACUCACUAGCUUGAAUUGUUUCUUAGCUUUGUAUCACCUCUGUGCUUCAGUUUUGGAAAAAAAAAAAAAAAAAAAAGGUUUUCUACCAGGUUUUCCGAUUAAUCUGCGAGGAAUCCACAUGAGAACCUUUCUCAUCUCAGAGUAGCUUUAUGGAUUUAGCUGCUUAUAUAACUUGGCAGUGCUUUGUUUGGUCUGCACUUAUCACUCGUUUCUGCCUGCCUGCCUGUGAGAAAACACACGAAUGUACCACGGAUGAUGUGUGAGCGUUCAUGGAAAUGUCCCAUUAAGACCACAGGUGGUCCUGUCCUUAUUUGACAAAGGUUUUAGAGUAUAUAGAUAGCAAUAUUUAAGUGUUAUUAUAUUGUUUGUGUAUUUCCUGUCACUGUUAAAGCCCCGCCCUGUGUGGGGUUGUACAUGCAGGACUGUGAAAGACAACUUGUGGACCUUUGGGGGAAAAAAACAAAUAAACACGAUCUGAUGUUGCACAAAA